UUGGUCAUUGCAACAGCAAAGCAGUUCAGUGCUCCUUUCCCUCCCUGGCUGUGCUUCUCCUAGUUGCUCUUGGAGUGUGGACCACUGUAGUUAACCUGAGAGCGGCAGUGACCUUCUGAACUUAGCCUUAAAAAUGAAUCCAGUUGUUUCACAGCCAAGAUUUAGCACAAGAGGUGCGACCGCCAGUGAGUGGCAAACCGGUGUAUUUGACUGCUGUGAUGACAUGGGGAUUUGUCUCUGUGGAACUUUCUUUCCCCUGUGCCUCUCAUGUCAGAUUGCCUCUGACAUGAAUGAAUUCUGCCUGUGUGGAGCAAGUGUUGCCAUGAGGACCCUCUACCGGACCCGAUAUGGCAUCCCGGGGUCUAUUUGCAGUGAUUUUAUGGCGCUGACCUGUUUCCCCAGCUGUGUCCUCUGUCAACUUAAGCGAGAUAUUGAUAAAAGAAAAGCAAUGAACGCUUUCUAAACGGUGCUCGAUCAAAUUCACAUUUGGGUAAAAUGGCUGAGAUGAAAUACUACAUCUAUUGAGAGUACUUUCUCGCUUGAAAUUCCAGAAACUAAUUCAAAACUAUUCAAAUGACUUCAAUGUCUUCAAAACAUUUUUCAUUUGCAACUUCUUUUGAAAGAAAUACAUUUCCUGUGCCCUUCUCCAAAAUGGCUACCAUUCAAACAAUUAACUUCCUUAACAAUUCUUGUGUCUUUAAAUACUGCUUCAUGGAAAGUUAUAAUACCCUUCUUUAAAAAAUGAACCCCAAAUCAGCAAAGUGUUGUCAAAGUUGGUAAUGGGUACAUGGAGUUCUUUAUACUAUCCUACUUUUUCACCUUCAUGUAUGUUUGAAAAUGCCCAUAAUAAAAAGUUUUAAGAUGCUGCCAAGUAAAAGGCUACAAGGUGAUAAUAAAGACCAUAAUAUAUAGAUUUUAUUAUUUUGGAUCCUGUUUCCACUGGGAGCGCAGGUGUUAUCCUGCACUGCCCCACCUGCUCCAGCGGCUCCCUCACAGUAGGGGAGUAUGUCUUCCUCCUUCGGGGAACAGAUGUGGGAUUUGGCACUUCCUUAUAUCCCCAUAAACUAAAUUCACUCUAGGAAGCAGUACAAUCUAGAGUUUACUGUAGAUUACCUAGAGUGACAAAAGAGAGAAGUUAUGCCAUAAACCACACAGCAAACCAUCUAAUUAAAUUUUCCAUUAGACAUAUCUGUUGUGCCUGAAGUUCAUCUCCUGUAGCAAGCCAGCCACAGCAUUACCACUUCCUUUUCCUAUGCAGAACAGCUUAGUCCCAUCUCAACUCUCUAGUCCUGGGAAGUACAGCCCAGAAGGCCUUGUAUACUCAGCCUUAUGAAAGCAGAUUUCACAUGGCAGGAGGAAGAGGGAUGGGAAGAAAUUCUGCUGGUAAGCAAAACAGUGUUUUCCAUAUAGCUUAUUGGAAAGUUAAAAGAUUCUUUUUACGUGGUUGAACAUAAAAAGCUACCAUAAUUGAGUUUUUUAAAUCUUUUAUCUAAAUGAGAUUAUUAUUUUAGUCUCAUUCUCCCAAUCUCAUGCUUUAUCCUGUGCAUUCCAAAUGCCCUAUGUCCCCCACACUCGAGGCUAGUUUCCUCAAUUAAAUAAAAAUCUUUUUUAAAUGCUACUUCACUCUGGAAGUCAGUUGCUGGGGCCAAGAAUCAGUAGCUUAUCUGAGGAAGCUGGGAACUGGGGAGAGACAUGAGAAGAUUUACAAGCUUCCAAAACAAAGAACCAGAGAGAAUUCACUUCAACUUUCCAGGGCAUGGAAGUGUUAUCCAUGUAGCCCACCUUCGGUAGGUGCUGUAUCAGAGUUACCUAUGGCUGCUUAGUGGCUUUAACAACAGUCAUUUUUUCUAUUUACAAAUCUACAAUGUGUGAAGAUCUCAGUGGGGAAGUCUUAUCUCUGCUGUGCAAAGUGAUCUGGGGUGGCUCAAUAAGGAGCUGAAGGAUCUGCUUUCAAGGUGUUCACUUGCAUUGUUAGUACAUGGAGGCUCCGCCAAGACUGUGGGCUAAAAGGCCUCAGCUCCUCUCCAUAUGGGCCUCUCCAUAGAUUACUGGGCUUCCUCACAGUAUGGUCACUGGACUUCAAGGGCAAAUGUCCCAAGAGAACAAGGUGGAAGUGCAAGACAUUUUUGUAAUUUAGCCUCAGAAGUCACAUAGCUAAACUCUGAACUCUGUUAAACUAUGUUGAUUUAGGCAGUGGCAAAGCCCCAUCUGGGUUCAAGGGGAGGGUACAUAGACUCUAACUCUUAAUAAGGUGUGGCAAGGUCCUUGAAGAGCAUGUGGGACCAGAGAUACAGUCGUAGCCAUCCUUGGAAAAUGCAAUCUGCCACGGAGGCUGUGUCUCUCGAGAUCAAAUCUGUAACCUAUCUGUCCCCAGUGAAGCACUUCUUGGAGAGCUACAGCAAAGUGUGAUCACCAGCUACCCAGCUUGGGUUGCCAAUUACAGUGGGACAUAUUCUGCCACAUCAGCUGAGUCUAAUGACUUUGAAAAUGCUUUCAGAACUUGAGUGUGGUUUGGAGCUUGUAACAAUAGAUUCAAACAAUGAGAUUCAGGCUCAGGAGAUUUACAGCAGGGUCCAGGUCUGAAUUCUAAUAAGGACCACAGGUCUUCCUGAUGUAGCCAGUCCUGCUGCAAUGAGACCAGUACUACCCCCUGUAGGUGGUAACUGAAGAAGUUUUAGUCCAAUAACUCAAAUAUGGACCAGGCUCAUAGUGCUAGGGAUUGUUGUUGUCGUCGCAAGUUGAUUCUGACUCAAGGCAACGCUGUAUUUGCAGAGUGGAACUGCUGCACGGGGUUUU